GUGGCGUGGAUCAAGAUGGACACGGAGACGUUGCUCACGUACCACCGGCACAUCAUCGUGGGCGAGCCGCGGCUGCGCGUAAGCGACAAUAACGAGCGCCAGUGGCUGCUGCACAUCCGCAACGCCCAGCCCUCGGACAAGGGCUUCUACAUGUGCCAGAUCAACACCGAGCCCAUGAUCACCGAGGUCGGCUUCCUCGACGUCCUAGUUCCACCGUCUAUUCUGGAAGAGGGGACGAGCUCCGACUCGACGGUAGACGAAGGCUCGAGGGUGGGCCUGCGCUGUCGAGCGCAGGGGUACCCGCCACCGUCCAUCUUGUGGAGAAGAGAGGACGGCCGAGAGAUCAACCUGGAGCGCUACAGCGGUCGCAAGAGCACCGCCAUGACGGUGGAGGGAGAGUUCCUGAACAUCAGCCAGGUGAACCGGGAAGACAUGGGCGCCUACCUGUGCAUUGCCAAGAACGGAGUACCACCGUCGGUCAGCCAGAGGAUAUUGCUUCAAGUCAACUUCCGGCCCAAGAUCCGCGUCUCGGAGCAGCUGGUGGGCGCUGCCGUGGGCAGCUCGGUGUUCCUCGAGUGCGUGGUCGAGGCGUCGCCGAGGCCGCUCACGUCCUGGAUUCGCAGCGACGGCCAGAUCCUGCUCGAGAGCAGGAAAUACCGCGUCGCCGAGGAGGCCGACUCCUAUCGGAUCCGCAUGCGGCUCCAGAUCACGGACCUCAACAAGGCAGACUACGGACACUACAAGUGCCACGCCAAGAACACCUUCGGCGAGAAGGAGGGCUUCAUCAGGCUACACGAUAUUCCCCACCCAACAACGCUUGCCAGGCCGACCGCCGCGGCAGAAACAGUGGUUCCCAAAACCAGACAGUCAGGGCGAGACGAUCCCCUGCGGUUACGGGCGCAGGCGGACCUGUCCGUGCCGGCGACCAAAUCGUUCCUAGACGAGAAAAGCCAAGAUUCCGUACAGCAGGGUAUAGGGCUGCCCUCCAAUGAAAAAAGUCGAUCUGGCAACCACAUGCUUGACCGCGUCCAUUUUGAACCAUCAGGAAGGAAUAGGGCAUCAUCCUCCAACUCGUCCAGAAGCGCAAGCUCGAAUUCGACGCACGUCCUUUUUUGGUGUGCAGUGUUGUAUUGCGUCUCCAGGUUGCUGUAG